GUUAAACACAAUGAUUAAAUGCACUAACAUGUCCCACUUGUCAAUUGUCCAUAAGUGAUUAUUUUCACACAAACUCUCCCUUCAAAGCAUUAUCUUUGUGUCCUAAAAUGAAAGCCUCAAAGCAACAAAGAAAAUGCAAAGCCUUGUGUUGUAGUAGCAACAGGUUCAGUGUCUCUUCUUCAGAAGAAGCAGAAAAUUCUUCUUCAUCUUCAUCUAUCUCUGAUAGGUUCCCUUCCGUUUCUACACUAGCACAUGCCAUGGUGCAAGAGAGACUUGACCAAAUGAUUAGAGAAAAGCUUGAAACUAGACAUGUAGAGAGAAAAAUGGAGAAGAAAAGAGAAGGAACUAAGUUUGUUGUAAUGUUAGCUAUGGAGAAAUGUUCUUACGAUCCUAGAGAAGAUUUUAGGGAAUCAAUGAUGGAGAUGAUAACGGCGAAUCGCAUUCGAGACGCGAAAGAUCUUCGUAGUUUGUUGAAUUAUUAUGUGUCGAUGAAUUCGGAAGAAUAUCAUGGUCUUAUACUUGAGAUUUUUCAUGAGGUUUGUAGUAAUUUGUUCUUAUCAUGUAAAUGCAAAUGGUAAAUAUUGUGAACAUUUUCAACAGUUUUGUUUUAUGGAUU